AUGCACUACUUAGCUGACCGCUUCGGGCUCAACGCGGACGCGCCUAAGCUAUCCGCCGCAAACCAGAGCUUGUACUUUGCGUUGGCGAAUAUAGUCGAUGGUGUGAACUCUGCUUUCCUCCUGCUGACUGCAGCUCUUGUGUUUUGUAUGCAAGCUGGUUUCGCUAUGCUGACAGUGGGCUCCGUAAGAAACAAGAACGCGAAGAAUGCGCUCGUUCUCAAUCUCUGUGAUGCGUGCGUCGGCGGUGUCGCCUACUAUGUGCUUGGUUUCGGUUUUGCGUUCGCCCCUAUCAAUCAGGCACUGCUCACCUACGACAAUUUUGUUACGGAGUUACCCCUCAGUCCUAUAUACAAGACAAAGUCGAAUGGCUUUAUUGCUUUUCAGCAUUUUGCGUUGGCACACAUGCAGUCGCCGCUGACGAAAGAUGCGUUCACGUAUCUCUCCGGCUUAUCGGUUCCAUCUGGUACAAAUAAUGGAGCUACUCUCUUCCUGUGGUGGUUCCAGUUCACUUUCUGCCUGACAGCCGCGUCCAUUGUUGCCGGAGCGAUCUGUGAGCGGGUUCGCGUGUUCGCCUACAUCGGGUUCGUUUCACUCAUGAUGGGUUUUGUCUACCCAGUGAUCUCUCAUGCCAUGUGGGACGUCAACGGAUGGCUGAAUGUGUUCUACAACAAAGUCACAGAUCCAACGACCGGUCAUAUCACCGGCAGCUUUGGCAUCUACGGUUCCGCGGGCUCCAUUGACUUUGCUGGCAGCGGCGUAGUGCAUAUCACUGGCGGUGCUGGAGCGUUUGUUGGCGCUUUGAUCAUCGGCCCCCGAAUUGGCCGUUUCGAUGAAAAUGGGAAGAUCCGUCCCAUUCCCGGGCAUAAUAUCUCGUUGAUUGUUCUCGGUGGCCUCCUGCUGUGGUUCGGAUGGUUCGGUUUCAAUCCGGGUUCGCAGCUGGGUGUGUUAUCAUACGCGGAUGGUGGUAAGGUUGGUAGCGCAGUGCGCGGUGGCUUCAAUCUGAACGGCGUACCGACCGUGUAUUCGACUGCAGGUCAGGUGGCCCUAGCUGCUGUGAACACGCUCGUGUUACCUGCAGCUGCUGGUAUCACAACGCUGAUGAUCACGCGAUUCUUUUACCACUGUUUUGACUGCGCAUCUAUGGUGAAUGGCUUUAUCCUGGGCACGGUCGCCAUAACGUCUCCCUGCUCGACAAUCCCGACGUACUCCGCGCUGUGCUGCGGUAUCAUUGGCGGAUUUAUUUGGGUUUUCGGAGAUAAGCUCGUACAGAGGCUGCGUAUCGAUGACCCGCUGGGCGCGAUUGCAGUACAUGGAUUUGGAGGCACAUGGGGAAUCAUCAUUCCUGGCUUCUUCGCGAAACCGGAUUAUGUCGCUAUGGUUUAUGCCCCAGCCAAUGGUUCAGGUGGUGUAUUCUAUGGCUACGGAAAGCAGCUCGCUGCUCAGCUGACUGAGAUUCUCUACAUUUGGUCGUUUGUAUGCACUGUCAUCGGAGGAUACUUCCUGAUCCUCAAGUUCCUCGGCCUGCUGCGCGUCUCUCCGGAGGAGGAAAUUCUGGGCAAUGAUACCUCGCAUCAUGGUGGCCCUGCUUAUCCAGAGGAUGAUGUUGGCCUUGAGGAGGAUCUUGCAACGCUCCGAAGCUACCAAAAGUCGCAGAAAGUGGACCAGAAGGAAUCAGGCUCGGACUCUCCAGCUGAGGAGCCCGUUGCAGUCUAA